AUGGCAGAAGGAUUUUACAAGCGAACUCUUCCAUCACUUGCCAUUGAUUUUGUUUCCGAGGAAGGCAAGCAACUUUUCGCUGAAGGCCUUCAAAGAGGAACUAUGGAAGGUUUUUUUAGGUUGAUUCCUUAUUUUCAAACACAAUCAGAACUAACUUAUUGUGGUUUAGCUAGUCUUGCCAUGGUCCUCAAUGCUCUUGCCAUUGAUCCUGGUAGAAAAUGGAAAGGACCUUGGAGAUGGUUUGACGAAUCUAUGUUGGAUCAUUGUGAACCUUUAGAAGUUAUUAGAGGUAGAGGCAUUGCAUUUGACAACCUUGCAGGUUUGGCUCAAUGUGCAGGAGCUAAAGUCGAUGCCUUUUAUGCCUCUCAGAGCUCCAUCGACGAUUUUCGUAAAUAUGUCAUCAAAUGUUCAAAUUCGAAUGACUGUCAUUUAAUUUCAUCAUACCACAGACAUGCUCUCAAACAAACGGGAUCGGGUCAUUAUUCUCCUAUCGGAGGCUAUCAUGUGGAAAAGGAUAUGGUAUUAAUUUUGGAUGUUGCUCGUUUUAAGUAUCCUCCUCAUUGGAUUCCACUUACCCAUCUUUGGGAAGGCAUGAAUUAUGUUGUUAAAUCUACCGGAAAAUCUAGAGGGUUCAUGCUUAUAUCAAGGCCGCAUAGAGAAACUUUUGAAGGAAAUGCAUGA